AUGGCUGACACACAGCCUGCGAGCGACUCGAACCCCAACAGGGGCAAUCGCAACCGUGGUAGAGGUCGCGGAGGAGGAGGAGGUGGUGGAGGUGGUGGUGGUGGUGGUGGUGGAGGAGGCGGUAACUCUGGAACCCGCGGGAGAGGCAGAGGAGGACGUGGCAGAGGCGGUAGCACCGCUGGUGCCGCGCCUCAACCAAACGCCUCGAGCGCACCUCAACCGGCGCACAUCAAGCCGGACAAUAAGGUGCUCGCCCGUACCGCUGCCGAGGACGAUGACACGGCUAGCAGCGACGGCGAGGUGUGCUUCAUCUGCGCCGAGCCGAUCAAGUUCCACUCCAUUGCGCCUUGCAACCACAAGACCUGCCACAUCUGCGGUUUGCGCAUGAGGGCUUUGUACAAGACCAAGGACUGCCCCCAUUGCCGAACGCCUUCUCCCUUUGUUGUAUUCACCGAAGAUGCGAACAAGCGAUAUGAAGACUACACAGACGCCGACAUUACGAGUUUCGACAACAAUAUUGGCAUCCGAUACACCAACGAAGAAAUCGUCGGCGAUACUGUUGUCCUGCUUCGCUACAACUGCCCGGCAGAAGAUUGCGUCUUCGCGGGUCUGGGCUGGCCAGAUCUCCACAGGCAUGUCCGCUCAACGCACCACAUGAAGAUGUGCGAUCUCUGCACGAGGAACAAGAAGGUGUUUACGCACGAGCAUGAGCUCUUCGCCGACAAGGAGCUCGAGAAGCACAUGAGACACGGCGACGACAGACCAGGUGCGAUUGACCAGACCGGUUUCAGGGGUCACCCUCUGUGCGGUUUCUGCGGAUCCCGCUUCUACGACGACGACAAGCUCUUCGACCAUUGCCGCGAGAAGCACGAGAGGUGCUUUAUCUGCGACCGGAGAGAUUCGCGCCACCCCCACUACUUUGUCAACUACAAUGCCUUGGAGAAGCACUUUGAGAAGGACCAUUUCCCCUGUCUCGACAAGGAAUGUCUGGAGAAGAAGUUUGUUGUGUUCGAGUCGGAGAUGGACCUCAAGGCCCACCAGCUCGCAGAACAUGCCAACUCCUUGUCCAAGGAUGUACGGAGAGACGCGAGAGUGGUCAACAUGUCCGGGUUCGACUACAGAUCACCGUACGAGAACGAGAGACGAGGAGGCGGCGGAGGUGGUGGCGGUAGAGACGGCGGCGGCCCCUCUGGUGGACGUCAAGGGCGUGGACGUGGCCGCGACCCCAAUGCCGAACCCAUCCCGCAGAGCUCUGCGCAACCACUCCGUCGCGAUGAGAUUGCUUUCCAGAGACAGAUGGCAAUCCACUCGGCGCAAUCUGUGUCCAACCGCACCUUUGGCGGUUCUCUUUCUACGCCCUCGGCGCCAACACCUUCCAGCUCAUCACGUCGGGGUAAUGCCACACCGUCAGGAUCAUCGCGCCAAGCGGCCGCAGCCGCACCAAGUGCCGCGCCUGCGCCUGCUCUGCCGACUGCUGAGCUUGAGCAGCUCAGCGUCACCGAUAUCGCAUCGUUGCCCCCCCAGGAGCGGGCGAUGAUGCUGCGCCACCAAGGGGUUAUCGAGCGCGCUUCGAACCUCCUUGGCCACGACCAGACCAAGAUGACCGCGUUCCGCGAGUACAUUUCAAAUUUUAGAAAAGGAAAACUCACCGCUCCUCAGCUGGUAGACGCCUUCUUCUCGCUCUUCGCCGACACGUCGUCUAACGCCUUGGGCACGCUGGUCCGCGAAGUUGCCGACUUGUUCGAGGACAAGACCAAGGUCACAGCUCUGCACAAGGCCUGGCAGGACUGGAGAGCCAUCAACGAGGACUACCCCUCUCUGCCUGGCUUGGGCGGCAUGCACGGCGCCACCACCGCCUCGAGCGGCUGGGCCAGCGCAGCGUCUCCCUCCCCCACCGCUCCCGCCGCCGCGCCCAACCAGAAGCACUCGAACCGUGUUCUGCGCCUCAAGAACAGCACUCGCGCUGGCGCCGCUGGACCCAAGCCGGUGACGCCAUCCGCUUCAAGCAACUGGGUUGCAUCGUCGUCUGCCGGGCGACCCCCAGCAUCAUCAGCAUUCCCAGCCCUCCCUGCCGCGUCCUCGUCAUCAUCAUCUUCGAGCGCGGCCCGGCCGUCCUGGAUUGGACCGAAUAACCCCUCCUCCUCCAACAACAUCAGGUCAUCCGGCCCGGCGGGCCCGUCACGCACGGUUCCCGGCGGCCGCCCACCGCCGUCGUCUGCAUUCCCCGCCCUGCCCCCUGCCCAGAAGCCUCUCACCACGAUCUUCGGCUACGGGUCGGGCAGGGGGGUGCGGCGCGACCUCGGAGGCGCAGCCAGCAACUUCAGCUGGGGAUCGGCGCCCGGGAGCGGCGCGGCGAGCGAGAACGCUUCGGAGAAGGAGGACGAAGAGGCUGGGCAGAGCACUGGCGGCAAGAAGAAGAAGGGCAAGAAGGUGCUUGUCCAGUGGGGUUAA